AUGUCGAGCGAUCCUCUCUUGACCUCUCUCUGUGGCAUCUGCCACAUGCGAGAGCCAAAAUACAAGUGUCCAAGAUGCCAAGCCAAGACAUGCUCCCUCGCCUGCGUCAAGAAGCACAAAAACUGGUCUUCUUGUAGCGGCGAGCGAGACCCGACGGUAUUCGUACCUGCCUCCCAAUUGAGGACCGACCGUGGUAUCGAUCACGAUUACAAUUAUUUACAUAAGCUCGAACGCAAGGUAGAGCAGGUUGAAAAGAUUUUUACCGAAGAGCGAGGCAUCCUACCCCAAAAGACCCAAGAUUCCCGUCCCAACAAGCGAGCGCGGGUGCACAAGGGCCAGAGCAGAGGGCGGACGACUUUGGGCGAAGGGUUGCGACCGUGGGCGAGAGCGUCCAUCAGCAGACUCAAGAAACUCUCGAUCAAUGUCGAACAAAUGCCAUACGGAAUGAGCCGGCAACGAGAAAACAAGACAUCCUACAACCAAAAGCUCCGCGUCAUUAAUUGGCAAGUAGAAUGGCUACUCCUCGACCCCGAGCACGGCGUUACAAGAUACCUCAGCAAAACUCCGGAGACGACCCCUCUAUUUGCAGCCUUUGGAGAAUGCCAAUGGCAUCUGCUCAGUAGGGAAGAGAAAGACUCUGAGAAGAGGGAGCAAAAAGCCAGGUUGCGCGAUCAACAAGGAGAUAAGCAGCAAGCACUCGUCCAGCACCUACAAAAUCUCGAACUUGGGACAUGGUCGGAAGCAACGAAUCUGGGACAGAACACUGCGACUGGGCAGUGGAACACGGCACCCCAUCCCGUAAACACCCGUACAAAAGAGGAGGGAAUCAAACAUGAAAAAGAAAAGUACAAGUUUUUCCUGGGCAACCCCAGGGAUCCGGCAAGAGAAGCAAAAUCACUCGUCCCUUUGGCUGCUACCGACACCCUUGAGGUUGUUUUGAGAGGGCAAACAGUAGUGGAAUUCCCACAACUAUAUGUCCUUUUGGCGACCUCGAGUUUGCACGAUGGAUUCAUUCUAAAGACACCGAAAAAGGAUGAGCCAAAGCCGAACAAUAAGAAGCGCAAAAACGGUGCAUUGGUGGCAUAUGGAUCCGACUCUGAGUCUGGCUCUGACUCUGACCAAGAACUUGAGCCAGGCUCUAAGGAAGAAGGCGAGGUUCGAGAAGACGACGAUAACGGUGCCGAAUUCGAUUUUGAAAACGAAGAGCAGCGACAACAGUUUCUGGAAGCUUACCAUGCGAAUGCGGCUGAUGACACCACGAGCAGUUCAGGGUCGGGUUCAUCAGACGAAGACAUGGAAUAG